AUGAGGGCCAUCUGGGGAUGCCGAAACAGGCAGGUCCUCUUGACCUUCUGGCAUCGAAGCCGCUGGGCCAGCAGCGCGCCUUGGCAAGCUCGUCUGCUGGAAUUGACCCAGAAGGUGCCUGAUGACGUUUUUCCAUCAGCCAAAGUGGCGUCUGCGCUGGAAUCUGCCCGAGCAUUCCGCCGAGCGAAGGACGCGAAGCAUGAGCUGGAGAAGCAGCGUCAGACAGACUUGUCCAGUCAGGAUGCACUGGGUGAUGAGGAGCUGGCUGCACUGUAUGACUCCGAGCUGCAGGCGGCCGAUGACCUUCUUGAUGCUCAGGGUACGGUAUUGGAGCAGGAGUUGCUCUUCUUCCAUCGUUCAGCUGCAGAUGGGCGGCUGGACCAUCAUGAUUCAGCUGCAGCAGAUGGUCGCGACGCGCUGCUGGAGCUGACACCAGGGGUGGGUGGCCAGGAGUCCAGCUGUUCGAAUUGCAUGCGGAAUGUGCUGAGGUGCACAUGUUGCGUGAACGAGGCUCCUCCGGAGGAGGUCGUUACAGCUGUAGCGGCUCCAGACACCAGGGAGGAGGAGACAAUGGAACUCAAAGCGGCCUUCGCUCCAGGCGUCGUGAAGGAGCAAGAGAAGACGGAGGCAGUUGAGAGCAACAAUCUGGCGGGUAUGGCAGUGACAGAGGAGGCUCCUCAAAUCAGGGUGGUGGCGCCGGUUCCGGAAAAGCCGCCGGCACAGACGGCUUCCACCCCUGCUGCAAGCCAGCGAGAAUAUAUUGUAAAGGUGAGAAAGGAGAACGGGAAACUGGGUGGAAAGCUGGACACUUCGCAGGAGGAUUGCUGUGUUUUCAAGUCUGUGGACUCUGGUGGCGUGCUUGACAAAACGGGCGUUCGGCUUUACGACCGGCUUGUCAAAGUCAAUGGCAAAUCGCAGCAGUCCUCCGAGCUUGCGCGUCUAGUAGUAUCUGACUCGGAGCUGGAGCUUACCGUGGAGCGUCCCGGCGCUCAGGAUGUGGUUUUGAACAAGGCUGGCAAGAAGGUUGGCCUCCGAUUGCACUCCGACGAUACAUGUCUCGGCCUUAUUGUCAAGGAGGUAACUGGAGGUGUGGCAGCCGACAUGCCGAAGGGCACCUUCCAGCCGAAGGACCGAAUUGUCGAGGUUGAUGGCAAGUCCAUGAGCCCAACGGACAUGCUCAAGCACAUCUCGGAAAAUGACACCGUCACCCUGAAAGUGUGCUCGUACAAAUUGUGA